AUGCAACCACCACAGCAUCAUUCAUGGAUCAAUCUUGGGGAAAUUAAAGGUCAGUUAAUCAAGAAGCUGGGGCUGGAAAGAUCAAAACAGUAUCUUGAUUAUUUGAAUCUGUUUUUGAGCUUUAAGUUAAGCAAGCCUGAGUUCGACAAGCUUUGUUUAAGAACAGUUGGAAAAGAUAACAUCCGACUCCACAAUCAGUUAAUCCGUGCAGUUUUAAAGAAUGCUUGUACAGGAAAAGCAUCUAUCCCUGAUGAUCCUUCAAGAACAGUUGGAAACAAGAAACCUUUAGAUGGAGUUUACCAUCAAAAUGGAGGAGUUACAAUUCCAUUAGCUUUAGCCAAUGGUGAUAUUCUGCCUCCAUCCCCACGAAAGGCAAGAAGCGGGGCCCGUGAACGGAGAGUUGUGGACCGUAAAAGUGCUCUUGGGCCAAAUGGGAAGACAAAUUACACAUCCAUUUCAUCAUCUUUCCCACAAUCGGGUGAUUUUAGUGUUGUUUUGGAGAAUGGGAAUUCAAGUUCAUCCCCUGAUACUCGAAAUGCAGCAGUGCAUCAUCAUCAUCAAGAACUCAAGAAACAACCAGAAAAUGGUGAUUUUGUUGGUGUACAUCGUAUAGAGCAUACUGAAUCACUAGUUAGAAAAGAUGGGAAAGGUGUAUCUGUAUCUGUAUCUGAUAGGGCUUCAUUACACGCUCCACUUGGGGUCCCGUUUUGCCCCGUGAGUGUAGGUGGGGCCCGGGCGUUACCAAGUAGUAGUAAAACCGUCAGUGUGUUGCACACUGACGGUUUGUUGGAAACCCCAACAUUGAAGGAACGUAUGGAGCAAAUUGUAACAGCACAGGGCCUUCAACGGGUGUCAAUGGAUUGUGCAAAUGUGAUGAACAUCGGAUUAGAUUCUUACUUGAAGGGUUUGAUUAGGUCUUGUAUUGAACUAAAUGGAGCUAAGUCAAUGCAAGAGUCAACGAAAAGCGAUUUGGUCAAACACCCAGCUCAAAUGAGGUCAAAACAGCUAGUAACAUUGCUAGACUUUAGGGUUGCUAUGGAGCUUAACCCUAAACAGCUUGGGGAAGACUGGCCUGUACUUCUUGAGAAGAUAUCUACACAUGCUUUUGAGGAAUAA